UUGCUAGAGAAAAAUUAGGUUAAGAAGUGAGCUUGUUUUGAAAUAAUAAUAGGAGUAUAAGGCAACCAAUAAGUCAACAACUAUUGAUUGGAUUAACAAGUUGUUAGGUGUGGAUUAGCUUAAGCUAAAAUGAAUUGAGGUGUCAAUAGACGAAGGGGCAAAAUCACUUGAAGCGCACGCGGCACGACGUCGUUGGACUUGUCCCCUCCGCUCUGCCUCCCAACCAACUGAAUCACCGCCAGAAACCUUCCGUUUCAAACCAAACUUUUUUACUUUUCUUUUCGAUUCCUUAUUUCUCCCUUCAAUUAUUUUAUUUCAAUAAAUUCCUUUGCUUAACCCCAUCGAUCGCGCUCUCCAGUUACAAUGUACAUGAAGAGAAAGAAGAGGAAGGAGUAGGAUUGAGAUUAAGCAAUUUGUGUGUGUAUGUGAGCGGUGGCCAUGACGAAGAAGGCACAGGCAUCGAUGAAGCCGGGUUUGUCGAUGCGCCACGUGUUGUGUUUCGGGUGGAAGCUGGUGAUUCUAGUUUCCGUUGCGCUUUGCGUCUUCGCAUUUCUCAGAAUCCAGCAGUAUUCUCAGUCCACGGCUGCUCUGCCGCGGAAAUCUCGCUCUCUCAGCUACGACUUCAACGGCAAUCCCAAGAUCGCGUUUCUGUUUCUCGUUCGGAGACAUUUACCCCUUGAUUUCCUUUGGGAAAGCUUUUUCGAGAAUGUUGAUAGGGCUAAUUUUUCAAUAUAUAUACAUUCUGAGCCGCGUUUUGUGUUUGAUGAAUCUACUACAAGAUCGGCAAUCUUUUUCGACCGACAACUGAGAAACAACAUUAAGGUAGCCUGGGGAGAAGCAAGUAUGAUUCAAGCUGAGAGGAUACUUUUUGAAGAAGCCCUUCAGGAUCCUGCGAAUCAAAGAUUUAUACUUCUAUCAGACAGCUGUGUCCCUUUGUACAACUUCAGCUAUAUUUACAACUAUCUGAUGGGUUCUCCAAGAAGUUUUGUGGACAGCUUUCUUGACAAAAAAGAUGUUCGCUACAAUCCAAAGAUGUCACCAGUUAUACCUAAGCAGAAAUGGCGGAAAGGAUCGCAGUGGGUCACCUUGAUUCGAAGACAUGCAGAAGAAGUUGUUGAUGAUGAAAUUGUUUUUCCCAUCUUCAAGAAGUUCUGUAAGAGACGUCCGCCAGUUGAUGCAAGUAAGGGCAGGAAGAAUCUUAAGCUUCAGAAACAACACAACUGUAUACCUGAUGAACACUACGUGCAGACAUUACUCGCAAUGAAAGAUCUUGAAACUGAACUUGAAAGAAGAACAGUUACGUACACUGUAUGGAAUCAAUCCACAACAAACAUGGAUAACGGUGGUUGGCAUCCUUUCACAUUUAGCUAUGCAGAUGCAGGAUCAGAACAAAUAAAAAGAAUAAAGGAUAUCAACCACGUAUACUAUGAAACGGAGUAUAGGACAGAGUGGUGCAGUAAUAAUUCUACAUCUGUUCCGUGUUUUUUAUUCGCAAGGAAAUUUUCUGAAGGAGCUGCAAUGCGCCUUUUGAGUCAAGGAGUAGUUGGUAACUUUGAUGUGUCUGCAUUGCUGGAGGCACCACCCUGAUUUUUGGCCAGGAUAUAACUAAUUUUUACAUACAGGUGUUCAAAUCUCGGAAAGUUUUGCUCAACUUACAUUCAGGUGGAGAUAUAUAUAGAAACAUAGACGGAGAGAGAGAGCUAGCCAUUUACCCUAGAGCAGUGAAAAUAGUUAGAAUAGGCUAUUUUUUAGAGAUUGAUGCCACUUUUGUGUGUUGAGCCAUAUUCUGACUGUAGAGGAAACAACUAAUGUACUGUAUGAUAUUGUGAAAAGCAUCUCAUUUUCAGCCAA